CCUGCAUGAAAAUCACAUCAGGACCAAAUAACUUCUUUUCAAAAACUAGUGCAUUUCCCCUCAACCAAAUUUGAACCUUGUUGUAUACAGUUCUUAACUUUGUUAUCAUUUAAUGUUGUUUUUAGUCAUAUAUGGAGGUCCCAUUUUGGUAUACAGAGUGAGUUCAUAUUUAUGUUGGGUAGAAGAUGUAGCUUUCUUUUAGUCAAUUUAAUAAGCAAAAGAAGAUGGCCAUUGAUAUCCUCCUACUGAUCUAGCAUCUUAUUUCAAAAGGUUUGAGCUAGUCUAUUGCUGCAGUGAUGGUCCAUGAUAACUUCCAGUUUAGAUGGCCUUUAGACAAAAUCUUUCUCGAUCUGGGAAGAUGGCAUCAGGUAAUGGUUUUCAUAACAGUGAGGAUACAUUUUGAGCAUUAUGGUAGCUGCAUUCACAAGCGUUCCAGCAUUGUUGGGAAAAAAAGGGUUCUGUCUCAGUUGUGGGCAUUUUCGGCAUCGUCUCCCUCCAUCGACUCGCUCCUCUGCUGGAGUCGUGUUCUCGGCAGCCUUUGUUUAAGCUGGGCAAAAAUUAUUCUACUUGGGCUUUUCAGUUUGAACUUUUCCUCAAGGGAAAAGAUCUUUGGGGCCAUAUUGAUGGCAUAGAUGUUGCACAAACAUCCAAUCCUGAAAAAUCCAAAGAUGUCGUACCUUCUCCUUCUUGGGAUGUGCUUGAUGCUCGGAUCAUGUCUUGGCUUCUUGGUUCGGUGGAGCCACAUAUUUUCACCAACUUGCGGGCUCAUCGCUCCACUCAGUCCAUGUGGAAUUACUUAAAGAAGGUUUAUCAUCAAGAUAAUGAUGCUAGUCGCUUUCAGUUGGAACAUGCGAUUGCCAUGUUUCAACAUGGUAGUCUUUCCAUCCAAGACUACUACUAGGCAUUUUUUACUCUUUGGCAAGAAUAUACUGAUUUGGUUAUAGCGGAUGUUCCUGUUGCCACACUUUCGACUAUUCAGAAGCUUCAUGCGACUAGCCGGCGUGAUCAAUUUCUGAUGAAACUACGCCCAGAAUAUGAAUCUGUUCGCUCUUCUCUGCUGAACAGAUCUCUUGUUCCCUCUAUGGAUAUUUGUUUUGGUGAGCUACUUCGUGAAGAACAACGUCUUAGUACUCAAGCUAUUCUGGAGCAAUCUCAUGGUAGUUCCGGCACGGCAACUGUGGCUUAUGCUGCCCAAGGACAAGGAUCACCUAUGACUUCUAAAAAUUUACAGUGUUUCUGCUGCAAGGCAUAUGGACAUAUUGCUGCCAAUUGUCCUAAAAAAUAUUGUUCUUAUUGUAAGAAAAAGGGUCAUAUUAUCAAAGAAUGUCGUAUCCGCCCCCAGAAUCGUCAGGCUCAAGCAUUUCAGACUUCUGUGUCUGGUUUUCCCGCAGCGACUUCUGCAGCACAUGACUCUUCCUCAGGUGUUUCUUCUGAUCUUGCACCUCCUACAGCAACUUAUUGCACCCCUGAAAUGGUGCAACAGAUGUUAAUUUCAGCAUUAUCUGCGAUGGAGUUUCAAGGACCAGGUAACGGGGGAGCCGAUCGCGAAGGGACCUAAAGUGGGGCGUUUGUUUCCACUAUUUUUACCUGUUCCAGCACUUUCGACAGUU